AGGACGACGAGCUGCUGACGGCGAGCCCCCUGCUGCCGGCGGGGGCCCAGCGCGUGUGUUUGGUGCACCCCGAGAUCAAGGGGGGAACCGGGAAGCAGCAGACCCGAGCUGAGUGGCAGGUGGCGGAGGCCACGGCGCUGGUGCACACGCUGGCCGGCUGGUCCGUGGUGCAGACCAUGGUGGUGCCCACCAGGACGCCCGACAGCAAGCUCGUCUUCGGCAAGGGGAGCCUGGAGCAUCUGACAGGGAAAAUCCGUGGGUCUCCGGAAAUCACCGCCGUCUUCCUGAACGUGGAGAGGAUGGCUGCCCCAACCAAGAAAGAGCUGGAAGCCGCGUGGGGCGUGGAGGUGUUUGACCGCUUCACCAUCGUCCUGCACAUUUUCCGCUGCAACGCCCGCACCAGGGAGGCCCGGCUGCAGGUGGCGCUGGCCGAAAUCCCCCUGCUCAGGUCGAGGCUGAGAGAUGACAGCACACACCUGCACCGGGGAGGAGGGGGCUCCCGCUGCAUCCUGGGCUCAGGUGAGGGGCGGACGGGCGUCCUUCGGCGGCGGCUGAAGGAGAAGGAGCUCAAGAUCCAGAGGGCCCUGGAGCGGCUGCGGGCCAAGAGGCGCGUCCUCCGCAGGGAGCGGGCCCGGCGGGAGCUGCCCACCAUCGCCGUGGUGGGGUACACCAACUGCGGGAAAACCACGCUGAUCAGGGCCCUGACCGGGGACCCCGCCGCCCGGCCGCGGGACCAGCUGUUCGCCACUCUGGACGUCACGGCCCACGCGGGCUCGCUGCCCUCACGCAUGACGGUCGUGUACGUGGACACAGUCGGCUUCCUGUCCCAGCUGCCCCACGGCCUCGUCGAGGCCUUCUCCGCCACCCUGGAGGACGUGGCGCACUCGGACCUGAUCCUGCACGUGAGGGACGUCAGCCACCCCGAGGCCGAGCUGCAGAAGGCCAGUGUGCUGGGGGCCCUGCGUGGCCUGCGCCUGCCGCCCACACUGCUGGACUCGGUGCUGGAGGUCCAUAACAAGGUGGACCUGCUGCCCGGGUACAGCCCCCCGGAACCCGGCGUCCUGGCGGUGUCCGCCCUGCAGGGCUGCGGGCUGCAGGAGCUGAAGGCCAGGCUGGAAGAGGAGGUUCUGAGGGCCACGGGCAGGCGCGUCCUCACCCUGCGCGUCAGGCUGGCCGGGGCCCAGCUCAGCUGGCUGCACACGGAGGCCACCGUGCAGGAGGUGGCUGUGAUCCCUGAGGACGGGGUGGCCGACGUGACCGUUGUCAUCAGCCACUCGGCCUACGGCAGGUUCCGGAAGCUCUUUCCCGACUGAGCGGCCCCGAGGUCUGCAGGCGGCGAGCACCAGAGCAGAGCGGGUGACCCGGCCACGGUGGCCGUGACCUUGGCAUGGCUGGGCCGAGC